AUGUCAAGAAUAAAUUGGGCAGUGAUAACGGUGUCGCUGCUGUUACUGUUUGUCGUAGCGAGUUUUGGACAACUUACGUUUCCAAAGAGUUUUGGUGAUACCUAUUCAACGUUUAUAGCUUAUUCCAACUAUGAGAAUGGUUAUACCAUCUCACACAAGGAGUAUUCCAAUGGUAAAUUAAAGUUGGCCAGAUUCGAAGCUGGUAACAUCACCAUUUUCGAUAUCGCAAAGAACACACUCUAUAUGUAUGAUACCAGAAACCAAUCGAAUUGCAAUGCCUACACCGAUGUUACACAUCAACUGUUCCUUCCAUCAUUCAUGAUGAUUCCAUCUCUAAUUGGUGAUGCAACUUUUAAUUUUAUCAAUUUCACAACAAUUGAUAGAGGUAUUAAUUGUUCAUUGUUCCAAAACCAAACUAUUUCAUCUUCAGUUACCAAUGCAACAACUAAAGUAACAGUUGAUAACAAUGUCAAUGUAACUAAUGUCCAAUCAGUGAGUAACGGUGUUUGUCUUAAAGGUGUCAAUGUAACCACACUUAACAUUUCAACCGUUUGCACUGCCGAUCCAUAUAAUCUUACUGUUAGCUGUAGUUUUACCAAUGUUACCGAUAGUACUGCCACUAUACCAAGCUGUACAUUCCAAGUGCGAGAUACCACACAGCUCCAGUCAUUCGUGGGUGAUGCCAACACUUCAAAGAUAACCAUCGAAACCAAGAGUAUUACCACCGUGGUGAAUCAAACAAAGACAUUCUAUCUAGACACCUCAGCACGUUAUCCAGUGCGUUUGACAAUGUCCUCCAGUUUUGUACGUGACAACAGUACCGUUAGCAGCGGUAACUCUGAAAUCGAUUGGAUCGACUGGAUCGAGUCGAAAGACCAACAGGUAUCGAUCUACACCAUCCCAGCAAAUUGUCCGGUUGUCGCAUCCGGUGGAUUCAAUCCAUUCGCCAUGUCACCCAACAAGACACUGGGACCGUCGCCAACCAACAUCACCGGACUGCCAUUUGGUUUCAGUUUGGUACUCGAAGAGGAGAUGCAAGGUCUCGAAGUCAAUUCCAUCGUUUGGAAUGCCGAUUUCAAGCAAAACUACGAAUCGAUUGAACAAGAUCAUUCGAGUGGUGGUGACGUCAUCACUCUGUUGACUUCGACCAAAGCAACCUUUUCAUUCAAUACAUUCACUCUUGAUUGUAGUACUUCUGAUGUUCCAAAUCCAUUCACCUCUGACAUUCGUAGAAACAUUGUUUACCGUGUACUCCAUGAACUCGUAAAAUUCAACUGGACAUUCGUCAGUCGUUCUGUCUACAGAUCGAUCGAUGCCGAUGUUUAUACCGCUACUGUUGCCGAGCCAAACUAUCCUUACACCUACAAUUUGACAAUGUAUAUGGUUGCACCAGGCUGGUCGUUCUUGGGACGUUAUGGAGUCGGUCCAGACACCUCCAUUCCACUUGCAAUUGAGUCUGCCUACUCCAGCGGAGACAUCAAAGGUAAAGACAAAUGGGACAUAUACAUCUUCACACCACAAGCAAUGCCAAACAAUUAUUUGAACAUCUCGCAAUCCAAUUGUUAUCCAACGAUUCCAUCGCAAUACAAUUCAACCGUAUAUGUUAACUUUGGUGAUGUCGGUGCCACCUACUACUACAAUGAGACAUUCAUUUCCAACAGUAGCUACUAUGCUGCCGUUGGCAAGUUUGGCGGUCCCUAUGAUGUUGCCAUCAUUACCAACUCGACCAACAGCACCACUGGAACUUUCACCUAUAAGAGUGGAGCUGCAUGCACCUCCUAUAAUCUUAGUUCCGUGGUAAUGAAUGAUAAAUAUACUGAAUCCAUUCGUUAUCUUGUUCGUGGACCGAAAUUUGGUGCCACUUCAUUUGUCAACUUUACAAGAAUCGAUGGUUAUAACAUUGGUAUUUGGAAAUCUGCUAUUUCAUCCGGUGACUAUUUCGAUGUUAUAGAUAACAAGACCUAUGCACAAAACACUGAUUUCUAUUACUACUGGAGAGUUUUAUCACCUGGACAAUACAUUCCAUAUCGUAUGAGCGCAGACUACAAACUUGUAGAUCCAAACACCUCCACUUCAAUCCGUAAUUUCUCUGUCUACAUUGAGUGGAUGACUUUCAACACUGGCAUUCAGAAUGCAAGUAUCUAUCAGCCCGCUACCAACUGUGUCAAGUCAAACACCACUGCCAAUCUCAGUCAAAUCAUGACAUUGCCAACACGUAACUUUAUGGCGAAACCAAUCGAUACUAUUCAACCAACACUACCACCUGCAUUCAACGCAAACAUUGAGAUUGAACGUGAUCUUUCUAAUUCCACCGGUGUCACAUUCAGCCAGAAGGUCUACGUCCAAUGGAAGUAUGAUUCCGUCAACAAGGCAGAGUCGUUCCAGAUCAUCUAUCCAGAUGGCAACUACUCUAACAACAUUAUGAUAUGCUAUACCGAUACAAUGGGACAAGGCUACAGUGUUUUCUCAAACAAUGGUUCACCGUUCAGUUGGUUCGGACAGCCACUCUACGUCAAUCCAUUUGUCUAUGGUCUGGGAAGUUUGAACUUUGACGGUAAAAUCGGAACCGACAUCAUCUACAACUUUACCAACUUUGUCAAACAAUCGAAAUUCAGUAAUCCAAGACCGACAUUCUCGGGAGUGCCUGUCGACCAAUGGACUGCCAAUAACGGAACACUCGUAUUCAGCUGGUAUCCAUCCGGUUGGCAAUAUCCAAACAACCCAGCGACUCAACGUGUUCCAACUGGUGCUCAACGUGUCAACCCAUCGAACAAUAUGGUUGCCACAGAAACCUGGAAAUUCCUUCAAUUCUCUGUUUCCGAUCCGAAAUCAGGAUGGGCAGAAGUCUGUAAGAAUGCCACCAGAUUGAAGCCAUCGACCUUCUCUCUCGGCCUUUCAAAUGCAGCCAUUGCAGUGAUCAUUUCAGUCUCUUCGCUGGCCACCGUCGGUAUUGGUUUACUCGUCUACUGUGUCAUCAAGAGGAGAUCGAUCCAAGGUAAACAACAACCAGGACAUAUUUUACUAGAAGAGAGAAAUGAAGCUCAUCAUAGAUUACAUGAGGAUCACGAAGACGAUAUGCAAAGAGAAGAUUAUUAA